AUGGUUGGAGACUCACCAUUCGACCCAUACCUCAAUCCUCAAGACUUAAAGACUUUUCCUUUCCCGCCAGAAUACAGAAACAAAAUGAUUAUAAAAGAUAGAUACUACAAACCCUCACUUUCUCUCAACAAAUUCCUAAAAUCCCAGAAAAACCUCUCUAAAACCCCACCAAAACUCUUCCCUAAUGACCCAAAACCCCAACAAUUGACACACACUAUUAGAAACAACCCAAAUGCACCCAUAUUAGAUCUCAAUCACCCCAUUUUGCAAAAACUGGAAAAAUCGUGUACUAAUAUCAAACAAUUCAACCAAAUCCACGCUCAACUUAUAGUUCUAGGCCAUUUUCAACACCCUUUCGCCGCUAGUCGUUACAUAAAGAAGCUCUGUACUUGUUUAAACUCAGUUUCUCAUUGUGUUUCUCUGUAUAAUCACAUUGAAGAACCUGAUGCUUUUAUGUGUAAUAUCAUAAUGAGAAGUUUUGUGAAUGUGAAUGACCCUUUUGGUGCCUUGAGAUUUUAUUAUGGAAAAAUGAUUGCUAGGUGGGUUUUGCCUAAUCAUUACACAUUUCCUCUUGUUGUCAAGGUUUGUGCCGAUAUUGGGUCUUUGAGAGAAGGCCAAAAGGUUCAUGCUUUAGUGGUGAAAUUUGGGUUUGAGUUGGAUUUGUUUGUGAGGAAUUCUUUUAUACAUUUUUACUCUGUUUGUGGGAGGGCUUCGGAUGCGAAGCUAGUGUUUGAUAUUGGUUUUGUGUUGGAUUUGGUGAGUUGGAAUUCGAUGAUUGAUGGUCAUGUGAAGAAUGGGGAGGUGGGUCUUGCGCGUGAAAUCUUCGACGAAAUGUCUGAGAGAGAUAUUUUCAGUUGGAAUUCAAUGAUUUCUGGGUAUGUGGGAGUUGGAGAUAUGGAGGCGGCUAGAGGAUUGUUUGAGAAAAUGCCAUCCAGAGAUGUUGUGUCUUGGAAUUGCAUGAUUGAUGGGUAUGCAAGGAUAAAAGAUGUUUCAAUGGCUGCUGAGUUUUUUGAUAAGAUGCCUUUGAGGAAUGUGGUUUCUUGGAAUGUUAUGUUGGCUCUUUAUCUGAGGUGCAAGAAGUAUAGUGAGUGUUUGAGAUUUUUUGACCUGAUGCUGGUUGGGGACUCUAUGCCCAAUGAAGCAUCUCUUGUAAGUGUCUUGACUGCAUGUGCGGAAUUGAAAAUGCUUGGUCAAGGAAAAUGGGUUCAUUCUUAUAUGAAGGAAAAAGGGAUUAAGCCUGAUGUGCUACUCUCAACUGCUCUAUUGACCAUGUAUGCAAAAUGCAGAGCAAUGGAUUUGGCUAGAGAAGUUUUUGAUGAGAUGCCUGAAAAAAGUGUUGUAUCAUGGAAUUCUAUGAUCGUUGGAUAUGGUAUGCAUGGAUGUGGAGACAAAGCUCUAGAAAUGUUUUUGGAGAUGGAGAAGGGAGGUCCUAUGCCAAAUGAUGCUACUUUUAUGAGUGUUUUGUCUGCAUGUUCACAUUCAGGGAUGGUUUGGAAGGGUUGGUGGUACUUUGAUCUAAUGCAUAGAAAAUAUAAGAUUCAACCAAAGCCUGAGCACUAUGGUUUGCUGGUUGAUCUCCUUGGUCAGGCAGGUUUGAUAGAACCAUCAGAAGAGCUCCCAAGGAAGAUACAUACAGAGGCAGAGCCUACUUUGUGGGUAGGUCUUCUUUCAGCUUGUAGAGCCCACUCUAUUUUGGAGCCUGGAGAGAUCUUGGCCAAGCAACUGAUUAAGUUGUUUCCAAAUCAUGCUGUUCCAUAUUCGUUAUUAUCAAACACCUAUGCUGCUGAAGGGAGGUGGGAUGAUUUAGAAAAUUUGAGAAUGACUCUGAAGAAUAAGACUAUUAAUUCAAAAUUGGUUUUCACUAGAAGGAGGCACUCAAUGUCAAGGGAGACGGCUGCACGGAUGAAAUGGUCUGAUACAGAUUCUGGUAUUGAAACUUGGCCGUAA